CUCAUCAUCAGAGGACUUGGUGGAGGAGCGCUCGUGGGUGGGCUUAUCGGUCUGGCUGCUUGGCGACUGCUUUGCCUGGACGUGGAAGGCUUUGUGAGCCAUGGACUCCUACGUGAUUCAGACGAAUGUCAAUGACAGCCUGCCUUCAGUUCUGGAUGUACAUGUCAAUAUUGGUGGGAGAAGCUCGGUGCAAGGUAGAGUGAAAGGCAGAAAGGCGAGAUGGAAUGUGAGGCCCUCUGACAUGUCCAAUAAAACCUUCAAUCCCAUCCGAGCCAUCGUGGACACCAUGAAGGUGAAGCCAAAUCCCAACAAAACCGUGAUUUCUCUGUCAAUCGGGGAUCCUACAGUGUUUGGGAACCUGCCUACAGACCCUGAAGUGACCCAAGCCAUGAAAGAUGCCCUGGACUCGGGGAAGUACAAUGGCUAUGCCCCAUCCAUUGGCUACCUGUCCAGUCGGGAAGAGGUUGCUUCCUAUUAUCACUGCCCUGAGGCUCCUCUAGAAGCUAAGGAUGUCAUUCUGACAAGUGGUUGCAGUCAAGCCAUUGAGCUAUGUCUAGCUGUGUUAGCCAAUCCUGGACAAAACAUCCUCAUUCCAAGGCCCGGGUUUUCCCUCUACAGGACUUUGGCUGAAUCUAUGGGAAUUGAGGUCAAGCUGUACAAUCUAUUGCCGGAGAAGUCUUGGGAAAUUGACCUAAAACAACUGGAAUCUCUGAUUGAUGAAAAAACAGCUUGUCUCGUUGUCAACAACCCAUCCAAUCCCUGUGGCUCUGUGUUCAGUAAGCGGCACCUUCAGAAAAUCUUGGCAGUGGCUGAAAGGCAAUGUGUCCCCAUCUUAGCCGAUGAGAUCUAUGGUGACAUGGUGUUUUCAGAUCGCAAAUAUGAACCACUGGCUACCCUCAGCACCAAUGUCCCCAUCCUGUCCUGUGGUGGGCUGGCCAAGCGCUGGCUGGUUCCUGGCUGGAGGUUGGGCUGGAUCCUCAUCCACGAUCGAAGAGACAUUUUUGGCAAUGAGAUUCGAGAUGGGCUGGUGAAACUGAGUCAGCGGAUCCUGGGACCAUGCACCAUUGUCCAAGGCGCUCUGAAGAGCAUCCUUCAGCGUACCCCUCAGGAGUUCUACCAGGACACUUUAAGCUUCCUUAAGUCCAAUGCGGACCUCUGCUAUGGGGCACUGGCUGCUAUUCCUGGACUCCAGCCAGUCCGCCCUUCUGGAGCCAUGUACCUUAUGGUGGGAAUUGAGAUGGAGCAUUUCCCAGAAUUUGAGAAUGACGUGGAGUUCACAGAGCGGCUAAUUGCGGAGCAGGCUGUCCACUGCCUCCCAGCCACGUGCUUCGAGUACCCAAAUUUCUUCCGGGUGGUCAUCACAGUCCCCGAGGUGAUGAUGUUGGAGGCUUGUAGCCGGAUCCAGGAGUUCUGUGAACAGCACUACCACUGUGCUGAAGGCAGCCAGGAGGAGUGUGAUAAAUAGGCCCUCACGAAUCCUCCUGACGUGUCCCAUGAAAGGAGAGCUGGGCCGGGCUGCUCCUCCUCAGGAAGACAGAUGUCCCUUUUGGGAGAGGGACCUUCAAAGCACCGCAUCAAGACUUGAGGAUUAUUUCUUCUUCCCCCAGUUACAUCCAACACAUGACCGGAACCCCAGAUUCUCCCCUUACUCGGCUCUGUAGGAGUGACUCAUGAGCUCAUUACCCUCACCUAGACACACACACACACACACACACACACACACACACACACACACACACACACCAUAUACUUCCUUAUCCUGAGGGCACUGGGUGAAUAAUUUACCAGAAAGAAGCCGGGAGGAGAAAAGCAAGAACUCAGGAUGAGAGAAGCAGAAGGAGGAGGAUAGCUGACACAGGAGCAUCCUCUUCAGUCAGGUUGGAAGUCACCUCUGUUGCUGCCUCACUUCAGGAAUACCUCACUCCCUGUGGUAGAGCUACACAAGAGAGAAGCUGAGGACUUGUGAAUUUGGUUAAUUAUAUUUUAAGUACAUUAGGAAACUUGAUAUUUAAAGGAUCCUUGAUAGAAUUUUUUUUUUUUGUAAAGAAUUAUUUUGUGGUGCAAAUAAAUACCAGCUUCCUAAACUGAUCAGCUUCCUAACUGGUUAGAUCUGCUUGCAUCAGGUUUUCUUAAAACAGGAGCAAUACCUCAUUGAGGGAGAAAGAAGGGACGGGACAGGAGGCCUUUCCAGAGACAUUGCUGUGUACAGUGGGACAGCAUCUUCCUCCUCGUCUUCUUGUAGAAUCAUCGCCACUUUUGCUGUCAUGUGAAUAUUGAUUUAUUAAUAUUUGUAAUAUUAUCUUUUCAUAUAUUUUCUAAGAUACAUUUAUAUUAUAAGAUCUUUUAUUUUGUCAAGGGCAUAAAUUAUUUUUUCUUUUUCUUUUUUUUUUAAAUAAAAAUUUAUCAAGUAUG